UUAGCGUCAAAAAGAAGAAGUACAGUUUUUCCAGCGCUGGAGGUGCAGGUUAAUUCGAAACAGACAGAAAGCUUGGAUUUGGCUUAGAAUAAUAACACAUGCGCUCUGCUGCAGAGGGAUCUCCUACAUACUGAUACAGUAUAUGAUUGACUGCUUAAUAAGCAUUGCUGCUGUGUGACUAAUUGCUCACAGUGUAGUCAUGCUGCUGGCUACAGUAAACCAGGGUGGAGCAGAAUUCCCACAUGAGCGAAGUGAUACUCAGAACUUUACUCUGUGUCUCAGUGACCUUUCAGACGAUCAGUACACAAACAGCUUGGAGGCUGUGACUCUCUCAGACGGCUCCACUGCAUAUAUUCAGCAUAAUGCUCAAGAUGGGAAUGUAUUGGAGGGGCAGGUUAUACAGUUGGAUGAUGGCUCUACUGCUUACAUUCAGCAUAUCGCUCUACAAAAUGGAGAGCUUGAUGGAUGGUCAGGUGCUGCUACUACUGAUGUGGAAAGUGAGUGUCUGAGUCUGGAGGCUGGACAGACCGUACAGUUGGAAGAUGGAAGCACUGCUUAUUUACAUCGCAUACCAAAAGAGGUGUAUGAUUCCACUGUGCUCCAGGCCGUGCAGCUGGAGGACGGUUCCACAGCCUUCAUUCAGCAGAUGAUGCAGCCAGACACAAUUCUGUCUAUCCAGGAAAGUGACACAGUGUCUGAUCUACCUCUCGAUGGAAUCACAGACCCUGGGAAUGUUACUGUGCUGGAACAGUACACCACUAAUAUAGAAGAAAUGAAACCUUAUGCAAAGGCUGGUUUGCUCACAAAUGAAAAUGUAGUGCAGAUUGUUAUUCCGAGUCAGGACGGACAACGCACUUUAGAUCAGCAUGGAGAGAAAACAUUUCAGUGCAGCUAUGAAGGCUGUGGCAAACUUUACACCACUGCAUAUCACCUCAAGGUACAUGAAAGAGUACACACAGGUGACAAGCCUUACUGUUGUGACAUACCCGGCUGUGACAAAAAGUUUGCAACAGGUCAUGGUUUGAAAAGCCACAUGAGGACACACACUGGUGAAAAGCCCUAUUGCUGCAUUGAAUUGAAUUGUAAAAAAUCUUUCAAGAACUCUGGAGACCUCCAAAAGCACAUCCGAAUCCAUACAGGGGAAAAGCCCUUCCUUUGUCUGUAUGAAGGCUGUGGUCGGUCUUUUAGGACCUCCAACAUUUGCAAGGUGCACAUGCGCACACACACAGGCGAGAAGCCGUACCACUGCUCCGAGCCAGGCUGCAACCGGGCCUUUGCCAGCGCAACUAAUUACAAAAACCACAGCAGGAUCCACACUGGUGAAAGGCCCUAUGUUUGUACUGUUCCUGGUUGUGACAAGCGCUUCACCGAGUACUCAAGCUUGUAUAAGCAUCAAGUAGUUCACACGGCCUGCAAACCUUAUGAGUGCAGCCAUUGUGGGAAGACCUACAAGCAGAUAUCCACACUGGCCUUGCACAAGCGCACAGCACACAACGUCUCUGAGACUAUCGAGGAAGAGCAUGAGGACUAUGAGCCUCCCACAGAAGCCAUUGAUGAUCCCUCCAUGAACGGUACUUUGGAGGAAAGCAUUGCACCCUGCUCAGAUAUGACCUCUGACCUCACAGCGCAGGAGCAGGUCACCCUCGUCACACAGGAUGAUGUUCAUCAGGAGAAUGUCAAUACGAUUACCAUGGUAACACAAGAUGGCAGCAUGCUCACCCUUCCAGUCAGUGAGUCAGUACUGUCAUCCACUGAAGUCACAAUGGUAAGAGCUGACAGCUCAGAGGGACAGACCAAACAGGAAGCAGUGCAUUCACACCCAGUUACUGUUCUGGCGACCUCUGAUGGAAAACAAGUUGCUGUUGAGCUUGGUGAUCAGAUGACGCUGGAGGAAGCUCUUAGAAUUGCAUCAGCUAUACAGCAAGGAGCCAUGGCAGAGCUGGAACAUCAACUCUGAGUAAAAUACAGCAUUUUGUGUGUUUGGUUUGAUCAAAUGGUAAAUGUUGGACUAUUCCCUCGAAUCUUCCUGUUUACAUUAAUAUUUUUGAUAAUGUGUGUAUCAGAAAGUUUGUGUGCUUUAAAAUAAACAACUUUAUAAACACAUGAA